CCGGGCGGAGCCGGAGCCGAGCGGAGCCGGUGCCGGGGCGGCUCAUUGCGGCGCGCCGCGGCGGCAGCAUGGCCACCACCGUGCCCUGCACCCGCUUCACCGACGAGUACCAGCUCUACGAGGAGAUCGGCAAGGGAGCCUUCUCGGUCGUCCGGCGCUGCGUCAAGCUCUGCACUGGCCAUGAGUACGCUGCCAAGAUCAUCAACACCAAAAAGCUCUCUGCCAGAGAUCACCAGAAGCUGGAGCGCGAGGCGCGGAUCUGCCGGCUGCUCAAGCACUCCAACAUCGUGCGGCUCCACGACAGCAUCUCCGAGGAGGGCUUCCAUUACCUCGUCUUUGACCUGGUGACGGGCGGCGAGCUCUUUGAGGACAUCGUGGCGCGGGAGUACUACAGUGAGGCCGAUGCCAGCCACUGCAUCCAGCAGAUCCUGGAGGCUGUCCUGCACUGUCACCAGAUGGGGGUGGUCCACAGGGACCUCAAGCCCGAGAACCUGCUCCUGGCCAGCAAGUGCAAAGGGGCAGCAGUGAAGCUGGCGGACUUUGGCCUCGCCAUCGAGGUGCAGGGGGAUCAGCAGGCCUGGUUUGGAUUUGCAGGCACACCUGGCUACCUGUCCCCCGAGGUGCUGCGCAAAGAGGCCUAUGGCAAACCCGUGGACAUCUGGGCAUGUGGGGUCAUCCUGUACAUCCUGCUGGUGGGCUACCCGCCCUUCUGGGACGAGGACCAGCACAAACUCUACCAACAGAUCAAGGCUGGCGCCUACGACUUCCCUUCGCCUGAGUGGGACACGGUCACCCCCGAAGCCAAAAACCUCAUCAACCAGAUGCUGACCAUCAACCCCGCCAAGCGCAUCACAGCCCACGAGGCCCUCAAGCACCCGUGGGUCUGCCAACGCUCCACCGUGGCCUCCAUGAUGCACAGGCAGGAGACAGUGGAGUGCUUGAAAAAGUUCAACGCCCGGAGGAAGCUCAAGGGUGCCAUCCUCACCACCAUGCUGGCCACCAGGAACUUCUCAGUGGGCAGACAGACCACCGCUCCUCCCACCAUGUCGGCGGCCGCUGCCGGGGCCCCGCUGGGGCUGGUGGAACAAGCUAAGAGCUUACUGAACAAGAAGGCGGACGGCGUCAAGCCCCAGACCAACAGCACCAAAGGCAGCGCCGGCGUCACCAGCCCCAAGGGGACCCUCCCGCCCACCGCUCUGGAGCCUCAAAGUACCGUAAUCCAUAACCCCGGGGACGGCGCCAAGGAGUCCUCCGACAGCACCAACACCACCAUCGAGGACGAGGACACCAAAGCCCGCAAGCAGGAGAUCAUCAAGAUCACGGAGCAGCUCAUCGAGGCCGUCAACAACGGCGACUUCGAGGCCUACGCGAAGAUCUGCGACCCGGGGCUCACCUCCUUUGAGCCCGAGGCACUGGGCAACCUGGUGGAGGGGAUGGACUUCCACCGCUUCUAUUUCGAGAACUUGCUCUCCAAGAACAACAAGCCGAUCCACACGACCAUCCUGAACCCGCACGUUCACGUUAUCGGGGAGGACGCGGCGUGCAUCGCCUACAUCCGCCUGACGCAGUACAUCGACGGGCAGGGCCGGCCCCGCACCAGCCAGUCCGAGGAGACGCGCGUGUGGCACCGCCGCGACGGCAAGUGGCAGAACGUGCACUUCCACGGCUCGGGGGCCCCGGUGGCCCCGCUGCAGUGAAGAGCUGGCGGUGGCUGUCCUGGUUCCAGCCCGAUGGAGACGGCGAUGGGAGCCGAUGGCAGCCGGAGCUGCGGCCCCCCGAGCACGCGUCCGCAUGCCUGUCCCCCCUACCCCGGCCCCGCUCCCCCCUCCGGUGCCUGUGUUUGCAGAAAACAAAAAGACAAAAAAAAAAAAAAAAAAAAAAAAGGGCAAAAUUAUGAAGACCACACACAAAAAAAAAAAAAAAAAAAAAAAAGGGAGAAAAAAAAGGGGGGGGAAAGCCACCCCCAAUCCCCAACCCCACCCACACCCCCAAACCCGACCCAGCCGCUCGGCCACAGGCGAGGGCGCUGGGGGGCUCGGCCCCCCCCCUUGGCCCGUCUCUGCUGGGGGGGACGGGGGGUCCCGGGCCCCCUCCCGGCUGUGCUCGUGGCGUGUUGCUGUCGCUGGUGGUGGAUGUUGUUCUUUGGGCUCCGCUUUGCUCUGUCCUGCCCCAGCCCCUGUACA